AUGGUCACCAACGCCUAUAAAAAAGGAGCUUUACAAUACCACGACGCUCAUGAACAUGCUCGAAGUCGAUCUAGACGCUCUUCUUUACAUGCCCAAGCGUCAGUAUCUGGUCCGGACGCUGCACGACCUUCCUUCUCUGCAAUAGACAUACCCGAAGCUUCCACCCUCGAUCCUGCUCAUCCGCGACAAUGGAAUAGUCCGGCAUUGGGACUGUCUAGGAAGGCAUAUCGCCAAAUUCUAGGCCUCAACCCGUUCAAGACAUCCUACCUCAGCAUAUAUGGCUCCCUUGAUAAUCUGGGUGAUCGAUGUGUGGCCGGCGCUGGCGUCCUCUUUGCUAUCGCUGCUGGCAUCCCUCUUCCACUCAUCGGUGUAAUCUUUGGUCGUUUGAUCAGCACAUUUCCACCAUCGGAGGGCGAAUUGAAGACCAUGAUUGGCGAGCUUUUAAGCAUCGCAGCGGCCUUUUUCGUGGUCACCUCAAUCUAUUCGACCGCAUUCGGCCUUACUGGCGAAAAGAUUGCCAUCCGUGCUCGAGAACGACUGCUUAAAUGCUUACUACAUCUCGACCUCUCAUAUCUCGAGACCCACGACAUCGAUAUCAGUAGCCUACUGAGCGAACAAGUGGACUCGAUUCACGCCGGGAGCUCGGAGAAGGUCGGGAUCUUCAUACAGUCGAUCUCAUACUUUUUGACCGCGUUCAUCGUGGGUUUCAUACUGAACGCCAAACUUACCGGCAUACUGCUGGCAGCUAUCCUGCCAUUCUUGGUCUUGGUUUCUAUUGGUACUCGUCACUUCGAGUCGAAGUGUUCUUCUCGAGUAACAGAACUUAGCACAGCGGCCAAUGCGAUUGUAGAAACCGCGUUACGUUCGAUCAAGAUGGUCCAGGCGUUCGACAUGAUCGCGGAUAUGUGCUCAGAUCAUUCCGACUGUUUGGGUAAGAAAGUACGAGCCAGCGUGCACAAGGCCAUCAUUGCAGCAGUGCAAAUGGGCUCGAUCUACUUCCUUGCAUAUUCUGUCAACGGACUAGCAUUCUACCUUGGCAGUCGCAUUGCGGCCAACGAAGAUCGGCCAGGCGUAGCUGGAACCGUAUUUGCGGUGGUAUUCUUGAUUCUUGACAGUUCCUUGGUGGUCGCACAAUUCGCACCAUUCCUGCACAUCUUUGCUCAAGCUGCGAGUGCACAAGAGACUGUCAAAACUCUUCUAGAGGCUGAAGAAAUCUCUGGAAGGCCGGAGACAGCUAUAUCAGCCGCUCCUAACUUGAAUGGUGGCGCCAUAAGCAUCCAGAAUGUCAGCUUUGCAUACCCUGCUAGAUCUGCGGUCAAAGCUUUGGACGACCUCAAUCUGGAGAUUCGGCCGGGCGCCUUCACAGCUCUGGUGGGUGCAAGUGGUGGCGGGAAGUCGACACUCGUCUCGAUGUUGACUGGAGUUUACCCUUAUAGCGGUUCGAUCGCUAUCGGCGGGCAUGAACUUCGAGACAUAGAUCCAUCGCAUCUACGGUCUCAACUCGCAGUGGUUGAACAGGACCAUGUUAUAUUCUCCGGGUCUAUAUUCGCCAAUAUAUGUCAUGGUGUUCGGAACGCAGGCCUAUCUACCGAGGAGCUCGAACGCCGAUUUGAGCAAGCCAUGAUCGAUGCCAAAGUCGACUUCAUCGGCGAGCUCCCUGAAGGUGUACAUACCCUACUCGGCCAGGGUAUCAAACUGUCGGGCGGACAGAUGCAGCGCUUGUGUCUCGCUCGUGCUCUCAUACGUCGGCCUGCGAUUCUAAUCUGUGAUGAACCCACAUCCGCAUUGGACGCACAAAGCGAGGUCACCGUUAUGUCCGCGAUCAGGUAUGCUGCGGUCCGCGGUGUGACAGUCCUGAUGGUCGCUCAUCGUCUGUCUACGGUCCUCGAUGCAGACAUUAUUGCAGUCUUUAGCGAUGGCAAAGUCGUUGAGAGUGGCAAACCUCGGAAUCUCGUAGAGCGCAAUGGAGUGUUUCAAGAUCUGUUGCGGGCGCAGAACACGAGUCUUCACGCUGCUGAGAGUACAUAUCCUCGGAAAGGCCUGAGUGAUACGGAUGAUGAGAAGAACAGCUCGACCAGCUCGUUGAGGCCAGCAUACAUCCCGACUAGAGCUGAUCUUGAAGGCAACACCAUGAAUACACCCAUGGGAUUCGGGCGGUUGCUUGGGCUCAUGAGAAGCAUGCUCAGACCAGAUUGGCUUCUCAUAUGUCUUGGCGUGCUUGCGUCCAUGAUCAAUGGUGCAUUGCUUGUGGCUGAGGCUAUUAUCUUCGGCAACUUGAUCGAACUGAUCAACGGCGGCGUCUCCAGUCCGGACUUCCAGCGGCAUGCAAACUUCUACUGUCUUAUGUUCUUUGUCGUGGGCUGCGUAGCAUUGGUAUCCUGGGCCGUGAGCGGAAUGGCUUUCGGCGUGGCCUCCACUCGGACCGUUGGUCGGAUACAAAGUAGACUGAUAAAGACCCUUCUGCCCUUAAAUAUGGACUGGUACGCCGGACCAGGCCGGUCUGUGCAACAGCUUAUGAGCGCUUUUACCAAAGAUAGCGGAGAUCUGAGCUGCUUAUCCGGACCUGCUCUGGGCACUAUACUUACCACAACAACCUCAGUGCUCGGCGGGAUCAUAUUGGCGUUUUGCGUCGCGUGGAAGAUAGCUGUGGUACUUCUUGCAGUUGUGCCAAUCAUGAUCGCCGCCGGCUUUAUCCGUCUCAAAAUGGUCGCACAUGCAGACAGUCGUCGGAGAGAGGCAUACAAGGACGCUACUAGCUUGGCGGCCGAAGCAUGCCGCCGUCGACAAACUGUCACCAUCUAUGCUCUGGAGGACUACAUUCUCGAUGAGUACCGUGUAGCCCUACGCAAGCCAUUCCGCGACAGUCAAAUGUUCACGACCUAUUCGAAUAUCAUCAUGGCAGUCUCGCUUUCUAUCACAUACUUCGUCUACGCACUGGCAUAUUGGUGGGGAUCGAAACAGGUGCGCAAUGGUCUCUACACCAGCAAAGACUUCUUCAUCGUUCUACCGGCAAUGCUCUUCUCGGCACAAAGUGCUGGCCAACUCUUCACACUCUCACCAGAGAUCGCACGGGCCCGAGCUGCGGCUGUCAGCGUAUUCAAACUUCUGAAUACGCCUCCAGGCAUGCUGUCGGAUGGUCCCAUGUCAAAGAAAGCAUCUUUCACAGAGAAAGCCUUAGAGAUCUAUGAUAGUACACCAGAUAGAGCCUCGGUGCCAAAGAUAGCCUUUCGUGACGUAUCUUUCUCGUACGCAGGCGAAGGUGGCCGAGAGGUACUACAUACUGUUUCCCUGAACAUCACCGACAAGCAGUCCGUGGCAUUUGUCGGUCCUAGUGGAGCUGGCAAAUCGUCCACGAUCUCGCUAAUGGAGAGGUUUCACGAUGUAACCAGUGGCAGCAUCUUGUCUGAUGGCGUGGAUAUUCGCGACUUGGACGUCCAAGCACUUCGUGCUCGAAUAGGUCUCGUGGCGCAAGAGUCAGAGCUACUGCCUGGUUCCAUAGCACACAACAUUCGUCUGGGCUCUGCUGCCGGGCAGAUCGUGACAGAUGAAGAGAUCAGAGAGGUAUGCAAGCGGUGUGGCCUGCACACCUUCGUCCAAAGUCUGCCUGAUGGCUACAACACAGAUUGUGGUGGCAGCACUUCUUCGAAGCUAUCUGGAGGUCAGCGACAGAGGGUCGCUUUGGCGAGAGCGUUGAUCCGGAACCCAGAAGUGCUUUUACUGGACGAACCAACGAGUGCUUUGGACGCUCACAGUGAAGCCCAUAUUCAGCAAGCCCUUGCGGAAGCAGGGAAAGGCCGAACAACCGUCACUGUAGCUCAUCGACUCGCGAGCGUGCGGAAUGCUGACAGGAUAUACGUGUUUGACGAGGGGAGAAUAGUAGAAAGUGGCACCCACCACGAGCUCGUCGCCAUGGGUGGUCUGUAUGCAAGCAUGGCCAAGGCGCAGUCGGUAGCAUAG